AUGGACCCUGUGGUCUUGAGUUACAUGGACAGUUUACUGCGGCAAUCAGAUGUCUGCCUGUUGGAUCCUCCAAAUUGGCUCAAUGACCAUAUUAUUGGGUUUGCCUUUGAGUAUUUUGCCAACUGUCAGUUUUGUGACCAUGCUGACAAAGUCUGCUUCAUUAGCCCAGAAGUCACCCAGUUCAUCAAAUGUACUAGCAACUUAGCGGAGAUCACCAUCUUCCUUGAACCACUGGACCUCCCCCACAAGAAAGUUGUGUUUUUAGCCAUCAAUGAUAACUCCAACCGAGCAGCUGGGGGAACACACUGGAGUUUGUUGGUGUAUCUCCAGGAUAAAAACAGCUUUUCUCAUUAUGAUUCCCAUAGUAGGAGCAACUCAGUCCAUGCAAAGCAGGUAGCAGAGAAACUGGAAAUUUUCUUAAGCAGAAAAGGAGACAGAGUGGCCUUUGUGGAAGAGAAAGCCCCUGCUCAACAGAACAGCUAUGACUGUGGGAUGUAUGUGAUCUGUAACACUGAGGCCUUGUGUUAUAGCUUCUUUAGGCAGCAGCCAGAAGGACUACUGCAGCUACUUACCCCUGCAUACAUCACUAAAAAGAGGCAAGAAUGGAAAGAUCUCAUUGCCAGACUCGCUAAAAAUUAA